AUGAAGCAAACCGUGAUCACAGACUUCUACGACACCAGAACCACCCAACCGCCACCCCAAGAUGCAACACCAGAUCUUCCACCGCCACCAGCAUCCCCAGUCCUUGACCUACGCGACUGGGUCUACCGUGCCCUACCACACAUCAUCCCCAGCUCCACCUCAGUCCCAUCCUCCGUCUCCACACUCGACCUCGAAGCCAUAGCUCACCAUCUGGCCUUCGUGAGCGAGCACCUCAAGAGCAUUACUGACAUUUUGAGCGGCACGAUGACGGGCGCUGAGCAGCUGCGGCAGUCAGAUCCGGCACAACUCUAUACCGUGCCUCAUCGUGGAAAGGACUUCAGCAGCUACAGUGGAGAAGGUAGUGGAGGCAGUGAGACCGGACGAGGCCGCUCAGGUGUAAGGAGAGGCAGGAAAGCCACAAUGGAGCACUGUCAGUGUGGUGCCGGCUCGGCCAGCGAACCUGGUGAGGAGAACAUUAGUGUAGGAGGCAGCGCUGUCGUCGACAACAGCGGUCGAGCAUCCAACAAAGGAAAGGAACGGGAGGGAUAUCUAGACGCAGGAGCUGGAAGGAACAGCACAGGAGCCUUUCCGCCAUCUUCGUAUCGCGCCCGCAAGCCUCACUCAACAUCCUCGAGUCCGCGAACUCGCCGUUCGUCACGUCGUAGCAGUCAGGUUCGUCAGCUCCGAGUACGAAUAGGCGACUCGCACCUUCCCAGCAGCAGCAGACAUCCGACUGGCCCACAACAUUUGGCGCGGGAAGGCACACCCCAGGUCUGGGAUGCUCCGCUACCGUUUCGAUCCAGGAAGAGGACGGACGAUGAGAUCAGAGGAACUGUGGAGGAUGACUUGGCUACUUGUUCGCCGCAUAUGUAUUGA